AAGUUGUGACAAACAAAAACUCUCAAAAAAGACAAAAACGACACGAGCUGUAGCCCUUUUGGUUUUUCUUUUGGGUCCUUCAAUUUUUGGCCGGUUUUUCCAAAGAUGAGCUCUUUUUAAAAUUUCAAUUCGCAGAAUAUACUCUAAAUCCUCUCUCUGUGGCUAAAACCUCCCCUCUAGAUUUUCUCUCUAAUUUAUUUGCUCUCUACCCCUAAAACCUUCUUAGUUUUCAUUCAGUCAUAUUAUCAAACACCUUACUGUCAUCUCUCUGAGCUCUACUUUUUAUCCUUUGUUUGUAUUAUUCCUUAGUGCCCAUUUAUAUUUUCACAUGAUCAACCACAAUGGAUUGAUUAGCAAGCUGAUUUUAACUUAUUUUUCAAUUUAAUUAUUCCCAUCAUGCAUCAUCCUUCAACUGUCACCCAAGAAUCUGGUCCAACUUUUGAUUUUGUUGGCCAAUUUGGCCGGUUUGCAUUUAACACAGCUUUUCAAAGCGUAAAUUCAAAUGGGUACUCUUCUUUUAAGUCGAAUUACUUGUUUUUUGAGAGUCCAGUAGUUGGGCAAACUAAGCGUAAAGUUGCUAAAUUUGCAUCAUUGAGUUUGGGUACUGGUGGUAGUUUUAGUGUUCGGAAUAUUUGGACUGAGUUUAAUAGUUUUGUUAGGUUUCAUUGUGAUAGAAUUCCAAUUGGGUUUGCUUCUGUUCAGGUUGGUCCUGGUGAUGUUAAUGUAGAUAGUAGUAGUAAUGGGUUAAUAAGUGAUGGUGGUGAUGGUUUGAUUGAUGGAGACUUGUCUUUGAAUGGUACAGUGGCUAAGAGCCCUAAAAAAAUUCUCAUUUUGAUGAGUGAUACUGGUGGUGGUCAUAGAGCCUCUGCAGAGGCUAUUAGGGCAGCUUUUAAUGAAGAAUUUGGUGACGACUAUCAGGUGUUUAUUACUGAUUUAUGGUCGGAGCAUACACCAUGGCCCUUUAAUCAACUGCCCAGAAGCUAUAAUUUCUUGGUGAAACACGGGCCACUGUGGAAAAUGACAUAUUACGGGACUGCACCUCGUUUUAUUCAUCAAUCUAAUUUUGCGGCAACUUCUACGUUUAUAGCCCGUGAGGUUGCCAAAGGAUUGAUGAAAUACCAGCCUGACAUUAUUAUCAGUGUACACCCACUAAUGCAACAUGUUCCUCUUCGUAUCCUAAGAGCUAAGGGCCUUUUGCAGAAAAUAGCUUUCACAACAGUAAUCACAGAUCUAAGCACUUGCCAUCCUACAUGGUUUCAUAAGCUUGUCACUAGAUGCUAUUGUCCAACAACAGAUGUGGCAAAAAGAGCCUUGAAAGCUGGGCUUCAACCUUCCCAAAUCAAGGUUUUUGGCCUUCCUGUGCGCCCUUCCUUUGUCAAGCCUGUCCGGCCAAAGCAUGAACUAAGGAGAGAUCUAGGAAUGGACGAGGACCUUCCAUCUGUGUUACUAAUGGGAGGAGGAGAAGGGAUGGGUCCUAUUGAGGCAACUGCUCGGGCACUUGGGGAGUCAUUAUAUGAUGAGAAUUUUGGUGAGGCAAUUGGCCAGAUCCUGGUGAUAUGCGGUCGCAACAAAAAGCUGGCCAACAAACUGCGUUCUAUUAAUUGGAAGAUACCUGUCCAGAUUAAAGGGUUUGUCAAUAAAAUGGAGGAAAGCAUGGGUGCCUGUGACUGCAUUAUAACGAAGGCUGGCCCUGGGACGAUUGCAGAAGCGAUGAUACGAGGCCUUCCUAUAAUCUUGAAUGAUUACAUUGCCGGGCAAGAAGUAGGGAAUGUACCUUACGUGGUGGAAAACAAAUGCGGAAAAUAUUCAAAGUCACCGAAAGAAAUAGCAAAGAUAGUUGGUGAGUGGUUCGGUCCAAAAGCAGAUGAGCUGAAGACCAUGUCUGAAAAUGCACUGAAGCUAGCAAGACCAGAUGCUGUAUUCAAGAUUGUUCAUGAUCUCGAUGAGCUGCUUCGCCAAAAACAAUAUGCAGCACAGUAUUCUUGUGCCAGUUAAAACAUUUUCAUGGCCACCUUUCAAUUUUGGUGAUGUAUAGUGACUAGUGAGUGAUUUAAUUAGGUGUACUUUUGUUACCACUGUUUGAUUAUAUAGUUAGGGAAAAUGGUUUCUUUAGGAUGAAGUUAUUAUGUUUUUGCCCUAUUUGUACUCACGCAAGUGAAGAGUCUUAUUGUAUGGGCAAAAUAAGAGUAUAGAGGCUAGCAUUUCUUCAAUUUUCAGACUAAUCCAAGUGGCCAUGGUAUUUUCGUAAAA